UGUAGAAAGAGCCAUCAUAACUAUUCAGUAACCCGUGGCCAGUAAGGAGCACUUCCUUCUUUUACUUCCUUAUGAACUCCUGGAAUGACCAAGCUCAGCUCAUUCUCAAAGAUUUGCCUACCACUGGCUGUUCCUUUAUUGCGAUCUUUGGGCUAUGCAUGCAGGCUGUUGCACUCCAGCUCUUAUGAUAUCCAGUUUUGCAUCUGAACUGAAGAUAACUUUUGACAGAAAGAACUUCUAAAUGGGAACACCGGAAUCAGACAGUGAAAUCAGAAAGAAAACUAAAUAUGGUGCCACCGAUUCACCAGAAGCAAAUCAUCAGGAGGAAAACCAAGAUCAAACAUACCUGGAUGAGAAGAUUGUCAUUCCAGAUGUUGGAGGAUAUGGCUUCAGUUUUCGGAAGCUCUGGGCUUUCACCGGGCCUGGGUUCCUCAUGAGCAUUGCGUACCUGGAUCCAGGAAACAUUGAGUCAGACCUACAGUGCGGGGCUAUCGCUGGCUUUCAGCUCCUCUGGGUCCUACUCUGGGCCACGAUCCUGGGGCUGCUCUGCCAAAGGCUGGCCAUCCGACUCGGGGUGGUUACAGGCAAGGAUCUGGGAGAGAUAUGCCAUUACUAUUAUCCCAAGUUUCCCCGUGUGCUGCUCUGGAUCAUGAUAGAAAUCGCCAUCAUUGGCUCUGACAUGCAGGAAGUGAUUGGGACAGCGAUUGCCUUCAACCUCCUGUCAGCUGGACGGAUCCCUUUGUGGGGUGGAGUCUUGAUCACAAUUGUGGACACCUUCUUCUUCCUUUUCUUAGAUAAAUAUGGUCUCAGGAAGCUGGAGGCCUUUUUUGGUCUCCUCAUUACAAUCAUGGCAGUGACCUUUGGCUAUGAGUAUAUAGUAGUGAAACCCAACCAGAAGGAGGUGCUAAAGGGGAUGUUCCUCCCCCUUUGCAAGAACUGUGGACACGAGGAACUUCUGCAGGCUGUGGGUAUCGUUGGAGCCAUCAUCAUGCCCCAUAACAUCUACUUGCACUCCUCCCUUGUCAAGACCCGAGAGGUGGAUCGCACCAACAAGAAGGCAGUGAAAGAGGCCAACAUGUACUACCUGACGGAGUCAACCAUUGCUCUCUUUGUCUCCUUCCUCAUAAACCUCUUUGUCAUGUCCGUGUUCGCACAGGCCUUUUUUCAGAAGAAGAACUCUGAAGUGCAUGACGUCUGCGCCAACCAAAGCAUGUUUUCCAACCACAGCAUUUUCCCCAACUUUCCUGUUAACAACGAGACAGUCUCUGUGGACAUUUUCCAAGGGGGGAUAAUCCUGGGGUGCUACUUUGGGCCCAUUGCUCUCUACAUUUGGGCCAUUGGAAUCCUUGCAGCUGGUCAAAGUUCAACCAUGACGGGAACAUAUGCAGGACAAUUUGUUAUGGAGGGCUUCUUGAAGCUACGCUGGUCCCGCUUUGCCCGAGUAGUCUUCACUCGGGCCUUCGCUAUCCUCCCCACUGUCUUUGUUGCUGCUUUCAGGAACGUGGAAGAUUUGACAGGCCUCAAUGACCUUCUCAACGUGCUGCAGAGUAUCCUGCUACCUUUUGCUGUCAUACCUGUUCUCACCUUCACCAGCAUGCAGCCUCUCAUGAACGAUUUUGUCAAUGGAAUCCUUGGGAAGAUCAUCAUGAUCCUAAUCACUGGAUUGGUCUGUGCAAUCAACAUCUACUUUGUGGUGACAACUCUAAUCGGCCUGCAACAUUUGGUGUACUACAUUGUCAUACCAUUUGUUAUAGUUGCCUAUGCAGCCUUCGUCUUCUACCUGAUCUGGACGUGCCUCAUCUCACACGGAAUGACCUUCCUGGGCCGUGGGCCCCACACUCGAUUCAAUUACGGACUGCAGUGACGGAACAUCCCCCAUUCCCCAAUACGUUGGAGGCCACUGAAUCACCGCAUGGCUCCUCUACCAAGAACAGAAGCGGCUGCCUCUCUGGACCUGCCAAGAGGCAGCAGUGCCAGGAUAUUGCCUCCCACUGGCCACGGAUGGACUUCAGCAUUGGAACCUAUUCAUUCAGUGGUGGAGCACAUACUUUGCAUGCAGAAGGUUCCAUGGUCAACCUCUGGUAUCCUCCUAAGAAUCUUCAGACUCUGAAGAGCUGCAGUCCAUCAUCAUGGAUGGUUCUGGCCUUGAUGAAUAAACAUUCUGUCCCGGUAUAACAAGGAUGUAAACCCUCUUUCAGCCCGAGGGCUGAAUUCAAGUUCGGGGGAGGGGAGGCUGCACUCCACUGGAGGGCAGGGCUGAAUACAAAAAGGGAGCAGGACCCAAAAUACCAGUCUAUUUUAACUUAAACCCCCAUAACUAAACCUUAACAGAGCCAUUCCAACCUUUUAGAGAGGGAAAAAACACACAAAAGCCAGGAAACAAAUUAUCAGCAUUGGGGGGUUGUGGCCAAGUGAAGAGGAUGUGGCCAUCUGGACCACCCCGGAGGGCCGAGUUGAGACCCUGUGCAGGCCAGGUUUGGCCUGAAGUUCAACACACUUGCUCUACCAACAGCUGUAUGUCCAGACAUGAUCAGGUGGCAGAGUUUAAGACCUGUGCUGGAAAGAACUUUCAUCUGCUAGUUUUGAAUAACAGAGGCACAAAAGCUGAUUGUGCUGGUUUAUUUCUGGUGAGAUCUUCACCCUUUUGCUUCCUGCUGAAGAUAAUUGUCCAUCACCAGAUGGCUGAUCUACAGAGCCUCCUCACGUGCACGCAGGGAACCUCUCUGUCAGCCUCUGCCUCAGCUUUUAUCUCUGCCCCUGUGAACUGAUUUAAUCUUGUUCUAAAUUCAGUUUAACAGCCUCACUUUUUCCACUUUCAUUAAGUCAGCCUUCCCCAACGUGCGCUGUCCAGAUGUGUUGGACUACAGUUCCCAUUAUCUCCAGCCAACCUGGUGGACCAUGCUGGAUGGGCUGAUGGGAGUUGUAGUCCAACACAUCUGAAGGGCUGCAAGUUGAGGAAGGCUGAAUUAGGUACUGGAAAUAAAUAUGGUUAUCUCAAUAUAAGUGGGACGUGUCUUACAAAGAAAGAGUUUUUUGUAAAAGGGAAAAAAAAUAUUAGAAUGCUUUGCUGGAGCCAGAAACAUAAACACUGAGUUGUAUGCCAAUAGGAUUGCUGAAAACAAACAUUCACAGGGAGCACCCUUUAUUUAAAACCAAGUUACUAGUCCACAUUGCUGUUUAAAGGUUCUGUGGGUAUUUCCAGUGUACAAAGUGCCUUACAGUUUAUUCAUCUUCACAACAGGUAGGUAGAGACUGACUUCCUUAAGGCAAUCAAAAUGUCAUAAAUGAGCAGGGAUUUCAACCAGGGAAAGCGUCUCCUGCCAAAUGCAGCAUCCCAUUCACUGUGACA